CCAACUUCAACCCGAGCCAAGCAGCCCGUUCCCGUUCCCCGCACCGCCAGCUCCACCUCCAUCGCUGCCUUCUCUCUUGUCCCUUCCGCCAAUUCCUCACGGUAUUUUCUUCGCUCUCAUUCCCUCCCAACUACACUUUUUGCCCGAUCACGAUAAAGCAAACCCUACGCUCCCACUCGUAUCUCCACAUUGUUCAGCUUGUUUUCCGAAGCUGCUCCGAUCAAAUUGGAGUAAUUCUUAAUCUUCGGAUCAGCAAUUGCUUCCCGAUUGGGGCCGAGCAUGACUUCCAGUGAGCUCAGCCCAGGAUUCUGAUUGCCCCAACCAUGUGGCUUUCCUUCUGGAGAUCCAGGGAUCGGUUCUCCUUAGACGAACUCAGGUAUUUAACUGAGCAGCUGGCAAAAGCUCAAAUUGUUAAUGAAGUUAACAAGGAUUUUGUUAUUGAAGCGCUGAGGUCAAUAGCGGAAUUGAUAACAUAUGGUGACCAGCAUGACUCAACCUUUUUUGAAUUUUUCAUGGAGAAGCAAGUCAUGAGGGAGUUUGUACGUAUACUAAAGAUAAGCAGAACUGUGAUCAUUUCACUUCAGCUGCUGCAGACGUUGAGCAUUAUGAUCCAGAACCUAAAAAGCGAACGUGCUAUAUACUAUAUGUUCAGUAAUGAAUACAUGAACUACCUUAUAACUUAUUCAUUUGACUUCCGGAAUGAAGAGUUGUUGUCUUACUACAUAUCCUUCUUAAGAGCAAUAAGUGGGAAGCUGAACAAGGAUACAAUUUCUCUGCUUGUGAAGACUCAAAAUGAUGAAGUUGUUUCAUUUCCACUGUAUGCUGAGGCAAUACAAUUUGCUUUUCAUGAGGAGAACAUGGUCCGCACUGCAGUACGUGCUUUGACACUUAAUGUUUAUCAUGUUGGAGAUGAUAGUGUAAAUAGAUAUGUGACCAGUGGCAUUCAUACGGAAUAUUUUUCAAACUUGGUUACAUUUUUCCGGAAGCAGUGCAUCGCUCUAAAAGGAUUGGUUACUGAUGCUGUGAAAAACCCAGGGCACGACUCAACCUCUACAAUUCUUGCCUCUGUAGAUGAUAUUGAGGACAAUCUCUACUAUUUUAGUGAUGUUAUUUCUGCUGGGAUUCCUGAUGUUGGAAGGCUAAUAACAGACAACAUUUUGCAGCUUUUGAUAUUUCCGUUACUUCUUCCUUCUCUAAGGAUAGAACCUGUUAGUGAAAUACGAGUUGGUGCUGUGACUGCUCUGUAUUUAAUUUGCUGCAUCUUGCGCAUUGUCAAAAUCAAAGAUUUAGCAAAUACCAUUGCUGCUGCUCUUUUCUUUCCGCUGGAGGCCUUCACACCAAAUUCUGAAGUUAAAAUCAAUGGUCAUAUGCCUGGUCCUGGUUUUAUUCAUGAAAGCCAACCUCCAGGAAAUGAGAUUCUAACUGAGGUUGAUAUUGCAUGCUUAAGAGUUAAUGUACCAGAAUUAUCUAGCCCUUCACAUAUUCAUCCAGAAGUUGUUAUAACUCAAAAUGAUAGUACUGGUUCACAUUUGGCUUUGAGGGAGGCUUUGCUUUCUUACCUUACAAGUGGGGACGAUAUACUGGUAUUGGGUUCCUUGGGAGUGCAGGCUACCUUGUUGCAAACAAAAGAACUGGAUGAGUCAGUGCUAGAUGGUCUUGGAAUUCUUCCUCAACGCAGACAGCAUAAGAAACUCUUACUGCAAGCUUUGGUUGGUGAGGGCUUAGAUGAAGAACAACUCUUUUCUUCAGAGGAUAGCACAAUGAGAGAUGGUAUUGGUAGUGAGCUUGAUGGUUAUCUGCAAAAGCUUAAGGAGCAGUAUGGAGUGUCGUCCUCUUCUUCAGAAGUGGGUGCAAGCUCUCGUGUACAUAGAUUUCAGGUGCUCGAUGCGCUGGUCAACCUAUUUUGCUGUUCAACUAUAUCUGCAGAGGCAUUGUGGGAUGGUGGUUGGCUUUUGCGGCAGUUGUUCCCUUAUAGUGAGGCUGAAUUUAACAGCCAUCAUCUUAAAUUGCUGAAAGAUUCAUACAAGAACUGUACUUAUCCUCUUCAAGAAGAAAUUAGAGGAGUCUGGUCUGAUCUACUCAUAACAGUCCUUUGUGAUGAGUGGAAGAAAUGCAAAAGAGCAAUUGAGGCUUCGUCUCCUCGGAAAGAGCCCAAGUCAAUUCUCUUGCCACCACAGAAGUACUGCUCUGACAAUGCUAUUGCAGCUGAAUCAUCGUUUACUGAUGGUGAAAGAAUGUGCGAAUCGGUGAAGGUAUUUGUACUUCUACAUCAACUUCAAUUAUUCUCCCUUGGUAGAGCUUUGCCCGACCAACCUCCUAUUUGUCCACCAGCCAGUUCUCCUGAAAGCUCUCGUGCCAAAACUGCUUGUUUAGAUGCUUCAGGACCGAAGCCUGGCAUUGAAUUAAGGCUUGUUGAUGCUGUGCCUUGUAGAAUUGCAUUUGAAAGGGGUAAAGAACGUCAUUUUUCCUUUCUAGCAUUGUCCAUGGGAGCAUCAGGCUGGCUUGUGCUUGCUGAGGAAUCACCCCUGAAGCAGCAUUUUGGAGUCGUUCGUGUUUCUGCACCAUUGGCUGGUUCCAAUCCCAGAAUUGAUGAUAAGCAUUCGAGAUGGUUACACUUGCGGAUCAGACCAUCCACUUUACCGUUUCUGGAUCCCGUUAAAUCUAGUGCCUAUGGAAAAGUGAAGACAAAAGCUUUGGUUGAUGGGAGAUGGACCCUAGCAUUCAGGGACGAGGAAUCUUGCAAGAAUGCUUUGUCUAUGAUUCUUGAGGAGGCUAAGCUACAAAGUAAUGAGGUGGAGAGAAGACUGAAACCUCUAUUUGACCUUGAAAAAGCUGUUGAGUCUUCAGACUCUUCUGUACUGCUUUCUGAGGCUUCCUCCUCUUCAUAUAUAACACCAUCCAAUUCGUUUUGAAGUUUGCUUUACUCAUGGGGUGGCAAUAUAUUAUGUCCAGUCACCCUUGUACAUAUAUUCGGUAGCCUUAGAUAUACCCAGAAGUGUAGAUUAGCACCUGAAAUUUAGUCCCCAUUCUUUGUAUACAAGCAUUUUUUCUUGCCCUGGUUUGUAUGUUUAUCAGGCUUUUCCUCUCAUUCUUUUGGCAGCUCUAACCCUAGGCCUUUCUUCUUUAUUUCCAUUAUUUGUAAGCUAUGUAAAAAUAUUGUAUAUUUGAGGCAAUCCCAUAAUGCAAGGCUUUGUGCAU